CACGAUGCAAGGCGCAAGCAAGUUUGUUGUUUACGAGAAGGGAAGGAAAUACCCAUGAUGAAGUUACUUUACGACCUCAGUGCUGAAGAAAGAAGUCAGUCUUUAGCAUUGUGAUAAAUAAAGACUGGAGAGAAAGAUUGGACAGAGUUCUUGAGGAGCUCGAGCUUGGACCUUCACCAACCCGGAUGUACAUCGGGUUCCAUGGAUGGGAUACGGUCCGUACGACACUUAUCCUUGUGUCGUUUCGUGCAACUUCCAUCAGACAUCGCGGUACCCAUAGACCCCACUGCCAACAAAGUCUCAACUUCCGGAUCUGAUGUUUCUUGUGACCAAGAAUCCUGUCUUGCUGAUCGUAAUGUCAACUCAAGGGAAGGUGGAAAGUUUGAAUUGCGGUCUUUUGAAUUACGGUCUUUUGAAUUGCGGUCUUUUGAAUUGCGGUCUUUUGAAUUACGGUCUUUUGAACUGCGGUCUUUUAGAGAUGGUGUUCAUGUCUAAGUGUAGUAUGUUUGCCUCGGAGGCGACCAUGCUAAUAUUCUGCAUGGCGAUUCUCAUCAUUCGACUGUGAUGAUCGCUCGAGUCCAGCAUGUGCA